AUGACAGAAGUUGGAUCCACCCGUAGAUCGCAUGAUUCCUCCGACUCCGAGGACGAACAGAUGUCGUCGAGCGCGCGUUUCAUUGUAGAUGUGCCUCCUCGUAGGAUAACUGAGAUGAUGCUUGGAUCCGCCUGUGCAGUUUUGCCUCCUCCUCGUAUCGCCCCUGCAGUUUUGCCUCCUAGGGCAGUUGUGCAUGCUGAGGGGCCAUCGGGGGCCUCCCCUGCAGUUUUGCGUCGUAGUAGGAUAUCUGACAUUUCCAAUGAUGCAUUGUUGAUUUCUGUAGAAAACUAUGUUGAAGACGAAAGAGUCAAACCCCAAAUACAAAGGAUUCCAUCAUUGCUGCGUGACAAAGAAUCCAACAAAAGUUGUUAUGAUCCUCUCGUAGUUUCGAUAGGCCCUUAUCAUAAAAAAAAGUCAUGGAUCGAUUCAUUCGAGAAGCUAAAAAUUCCAAUCGCGCAGGAAUUCUUGCAUGCCUGUGAAAAAAAAGUAUCCAUCGAACAGAUAUAUGAAGCAGUGGCAAGGGAGGGUAAUAGUGCCCUCGAAUGCUAUGAGGAAGGCUCGACUAAUGAAUCGUUCAACAAAAUAAUGUUUCUUGAUGCUUGCUUUGUGCUUCAUUUUAUGUCCUCCAUUCUCGAAACUGAAAGUAAUUAUUCCAAUGGGACAGCUAUGAAACAAAAAGUAAAUCCACUGGGACCACUACUGCCUUGGAGUUCCUACUUUAAUUUUGUGUGUAGGGACUUGUUCUUGCUAGAGAAUCAAAUUCCUUUACAAGUACUAAAAGUUUUGAUGAAAUUCAGGUUCAGAAAUGAAAGGGAGGGGACAAUGUUGAUUCCGAAUUUCCUUGAUCGGAUAGCCACCAUAAUGCCACCUCAGGAAAGGACACGCACUAAUGCUGUCAAGAAAGUUGUGCAAAGAAUGAUGGGAUGCAGAUGUAGUGUUCAGAAAAAGGAGGAAUCGAAUAUAAAUAUGGAUGCAUGCCACCUUCUACAUCUAGUUCGGGAACAGCUCAUCGGGUCAUCUCCUAAAGACAAAAACAAUCUAGUACGGGAACAGCCCAUCGGGUCAUCUCCUGAAGACAAAAACAAGAAGAAAUGGUGCAAUUUUCGUCAUUGUCCUUACUGCGGUGCAAACAUAUUUUGCUGUUUUUCCGCACUAAAGCCCAGGACACAAGACUUCCUAAAUCAAUGA